AACGCAGGCGCAGGCAGGGAAUCGCUGUGCCGAUAUGUCAACUAUGUAGUGUAAAUCGUGAACUGUGAAAAUCGCUGUAAGCUGUGUGGGGUCGAUUACAAUGUGCACGAGCCUUCGACCGUGCACGCAACGCGUCUUUUGAGGUUGUGAUGGCGGCAACGCAGGUGGUUCGCUGAAACGAAACGUAUGCAGCUGGCCACAACUGUGAAUGUGACGGGUUGCCCCAGAAAAGGAGCUGCGCUUUCACCUACGCACAGUGCCACGUGCUGUCGUUGCUGCUGGCGUCGGGAUGUAAGAGCGCCCGUAUUGUGGAGUGUUCUCCGGAAACUACUGUAGUCCCAGUAGCAAGGGAACCAUGGAUGCACGCGAGCGCACACUCUACAUGGCCACUUUCGGUGUCGUGGCCGCAGGAUUGAUGCUGUUGCGGCUCCGGCGCAAGCGCCAAGAGCGUCGGAUGCGGGCGUUGCAACAGCGCAAUCGCCGUCUCGUGGCCCUCGUCGCUGCUCAGAAGUCUCCUACUCCAGAGCCGAGGUCUCCGCGGAGAACGGGACCGGGGCUCGGUGGUCGUGGCGGCGGCGUCGCAGGCGGCCGCCGACGUCGCCUCUGGACUCGAGUGCGUAGCGACAACUUCUGGCAGCACGUCAUCUCCAACGACUUCAGCGCGCAGGACUGGCUCCACAACUUUCACUUGAGCCGGGCCACUUUCGAGCACGCCUGCGACCUGCUGCGCGACCACAUCGCGACCCAGGACACGGCCUGGAGACCCGCGACGCCCGUCGAAAAGAAGGUGGCGGUGUUCCUCUGGCGCCUUUCGAACAACUGCCACUACAAGGUCCUCAGCCAGCUGUUCGGCGUAGGCCGCUCCUCGGCGUGCCUGAUCCUCAAGGAAGCCAUCCAGGCCAUCAUACUGCACGUCAUGCCGCGGGUCAUCAAGCCCUGCGAGAACACGCCCAGCUUCUUCGAGGAAGUCUACGGACUUCCAGGUUGCCACGGCGUAGUCUGCUCCACUUACAUCCCCGUCAGCCCGCCCAACUACGUCAAGGCCGAGUAUGCAGUGCCGGGCCAGCCGGACGUAUACGCCUGCCUGCUUCAGGUCGUGGUCGGUCGUGAUGGCCAGAUCACAGCGGCUAGAGCUGGUCAGACCCCCAACCGCCCGGGUAGGCUGGAGGACUGGGCAUUCGUGUCCGAACUCACUGCCCCCGAACAGGACGCGCCAUCCUCUUCGGCCGACCCCAGGACUCCCGGUUCCUUCGCGUACCUCGUGGCAGACCCCUCGUUCCCACUUCGACCCGAAGUCUUGAAGCCGUAUGACUUCGCAGCCACCAAGCCGCAGAGGACAUAUAACAGCGCCCUGAAUGGAGCCAUCGGCUACGCCUCGCAGACUGUUCUGAAACUAAAGGCUCGCUGGAAGUGCCUGGCGGCCAAGUAUGAGGGAGACCUGAGCAGCGUGGGAGACUUGGUGCUGGCCUGCUGCGUGUUGCACAACAUCUGCGAAGCCAAGGGGGAUCGCUUUGAUCCGCGCUGGGCGGAAGGCCUCACCGCUACUCAUCCAGCAUCGUGCCAACUGUCUAUGGUCUCGGAUGAGCUGCUCAACAAGGCCAGGAUCAAGAGGGACGCUCUGGCCAUCAAGUUGGCAACCAGAGACGUCUAAGUCACCACCUUUGCAUGAUGAAAUGACAUGGCCCGACAAAGAUAUAGCCAGGGGCAGAAUAGCUGCCCUGUCUAAGAACUGGCUAACCUCCCUGUCUUUCUACUCGUUUCUUCCUCUCCUCUCCACUGGCAGGAAGUUGACCAAAGAGUUUUGCAUAAACAGGCCUCAUGUUGCACAUGAUUUCACACUGAAAGUUGUGCAGCCCGAUGUGCAUAUGGGAACGCAAGAAAUCCUCAAGUUUUAAUAUUUAAUGUGACAGAGCAGGGGAGUAGAACUUUCUGCUGGCCAUGUGCAGCAGUCAAAAUUGAUAGGCGGAUUUCAUCCUACUCAUUUGAAGUUUCUCUUGUACAGGAGAUCGAAACAUCACUCUCAACAGGCACCCAGGACGUGGGACUGUAUUUGAAGAGUGAAACUGAUAACAGCUGUAAUAGCUCUUGUCAGUUUGACUUUUACCACUUUGCUGCAUGUAGACACGCUGAGUCAUUCAGAUGUCCUGAUCCCACACAUUGUAAAUUGCAUUAAUGUGAAGCAAGAUUCACAAACAGCAUACAUCAAGGCCCUUGUUGCCAUGUUUCAGAGAGCAUCAGCUUAUGUUUGACUCUCAUUAUCCAAGCAUUAUUCAAGACAUGGGUGUUCUCGGAUUGUAUGGAUGGCUACGACUCCCUGGACAGAAAGUUUGGCACACUAUGUACACAUGUCCUGCUGCACUUGAAAGCAUCCGCACUGAAGCAAAAGAGCUACCAAAGCAUGCAGUGAAACUGGGAAUAAGAUAUAGUUGAAGAGACCUACGCUGAAUUGAUGCUUGCAUGGGCGGAAGCUCAAAUAGGAUACAGGCUCUGCUGCAGUCUAGGUUAGCAGUGAUUUAAUAAGUUUAAUUGUAAACAAAAAGUUGCAAAGUAUUCCUAAGCAUAUUUUCAUGAGAUGAGAACUCAAAGGAAUUUCUUGUGAAGUGCAUCAAGUACUCCUGGGUGCUCUCUUCCUUCCCUUUGAGUUGGGACUUCUCCUUACGCUGUGCGGGUUUCCCUCUUCUGUGCCGUGGCUUCAAGUGAUUACUGCGGCAUAGCGGAGUGCACGGCGAGUGUCACUGCAGUGACGCCAGCUGGGUGUGUGCUCUUGCCAACCCAACCAAGAAACACAGCCGGGGGGCGCCAAUGGUGAAAGAGGUCAUGUGCUUUCCAGGCACAAAUUUUGCGGACACCGCCUGGGUGUGUGUGCUCUUGCCAAGCCAGCCAAGAAAAAUGUGGUAUUCGUUGUGUGUUUGUUUACAAAUGAUUCUAUGUGAAGUUGAGAAAGUACCAACAUUUGACAUCAUCUCGUGAAGCACAUCGAGGGCAUCGGCAUUACUUGCCAUGAACUGCCUGCUUCCUUGCGUCACCGUUGUUACAGGCUUGUUGCUGGUGAAAAUGAGUGAUGCGCUCUUUGGAUCAGAAUAAAGUGGUGACGUGCGCCUGUGGGUAACUGUUGCAUGUUGUCAUGGCCAACGCUGGGGCUACCGAUAGGCCUGGAGAAGACAAGGGAUUGUUUCUUGAAAUUUGUGGCGUGCUCGCGGCUUUUAGCGCUACCACGUUUGGCAUUGUUGAUUGUGACAGAAUUCUGAACUCAGUGUGCGCGUUUACUUGAAAUGUUAAAAAAUUAUAUCUGAGGUGGUUUAGGGGCCUUUUAAGUGUCACAACCAUUACAAAAGGCUAUGCCGCAAUUUGUAAGCAGUAGCAGCAGCAGUAUCAACAACAGCCUUUUAUCUCAUCAGCAGCCACGCGCGCAGCUACGUAGGUGCGCGCAUUGCAUUUGCAUAGUUUAGCAUCCGGUCAACUAUUCCACAGUUGAAUAUCAUCAUCGGCAAUGGCAGCAUCAGCAGCGGCCUUCCAUCGCACAAUGAGUUGCGUGUGCAGCCAUGAAGUUUCAAGUGUUGCGUGGCAGGUACAAAAAAUUUCAUCGGGUGAACUGUGUAACUGGGUACCUGAAAGCUGCCCGCACAUUACAAAAGGCUUGUCCAUGAUUUGUCAUCGUCACGUUAAGCAGCAUCAAGAACGUUGCCUUGCAUUUGUGGGGUAUAACACUGUGUGUGAGGCCAUAUAAAUUGUGUAACAGGUAGGUGCCCUAAAGCUACCCAACCAACACGAAGGCUCUGCCACAGUUCAUCACCGGCUGUCCAGCCAUAGUCUUUGCAUUGGCUUUGCUAACACUGGUGCAUUGAAAUUGAAGCUACUCGCUCAUUACAGACUAUGCCAUAAUUUAUCAACGGUAGCCUGGUUAUAGCUUUCUUUGUGACAGCUAGUGCAGGAACUUUCAUAGCCUCAACAGCAGUGAGAUGCCAUGACUCUUGUUUGCCACGAUCUCGCCAUUGUCUUAAGUGGAAUUUUUUUUAUAAACAACAAAGUGUGCAUAGUGGGAAACUGAAUACCCUUCGCAAUGUACUGACACUGGUUAAAUAGUGAAGCAGAUUAUUGUUAACAUGCUAGAUGAAACUUUGGCAACUGUUUUUUUAUUGCAUCUGAACGUAACGCUAGACACAGCCAAAAAGUAACGCAUUCGCAGACAAGUUAAACCGUGUAAUUAUGCAAGUCAAUCCUUUUCUUUUUAAGUGGUACAUUUUUGGAUCACUUAAAAUGGGAUGCCAGGAAAAAUAGUGUGCGAAACAGGAUGGGAGCAAAUGCAACUGAAGGGGCCUCUGGCUUGAAACGGGAUGCUUAUUUUGUCUGAAUAUGAGAACGAAAAACUUAAAGCAUGCAAGAGGAUGCAACAUGCACCAAACCAGCUUUUGGUAUAGCCAAUGGUAAAAGUCUUGAAAUUUACUGUCAUGAAGAGAUGCAAGUGAUUGGUCACGCACAAAAUAAAUGCUCUCUUGCAAGUCGGUGCCUUGAUGUAGCAUCGUUCAUCUUGUUGCCUGCACCGUUCUAACAUCGAAGCUGUUAAAGCUGGCAGUAAGACGUCUGUUAACAGAAAACACCUGCACUAAAAAUAGCCAAGCCGCCACCACCGAGCCAUUGCCAUAGCAACCGCCACAGUUUUGCCACAGGACAGUGAUUUCAACACAUUCAGAGUGGCAAGCUUUGCAUGUAUUCCGGAUGCGCCCGUCACUUUGUCUUGGUUGCCACUUCUUCGGCCAAGCACGCUGGAUCCGAUCACCGCCGGCGUUGUGAUUCCCGUGCUGCAGCACAAGGAGCUGAGGAUCAACCAGCCUCGCUGUGCCAAGCUUUGUGUAACUUAGUGCAAACCUUUUUUUUUUCAUAGUCAUCCUCUCAGCAUUGUCAUUACCACCACACACUACACAGCAUGGAAAUGUUGGGCACCAGGAAAUUUCAAAUGAAUAUAUGUAAUGACUGCUCUUCAUUUGUUCAUUUUGCCUUACGUUAUCCUUGCCACUGUCAUUGCAGAAAUGAGUGAAGAAUGAUAAGAAUUCUGGGUGAAAAAAAAGGUUGUGCAAAAUGGCGCACAUCACGCGUUGUACAGAAUGACGCUCAAGAAGUGUAUUUAACAUCAUGUGGCGCAGUAUUAUAGUCCUGGAAUUUUCGUGUGUGAGAAAUAAAUGGCCUUGAUGAAAACCUUCGUCUUGUCAAAUGUCAAAACGUAGGCUCCUUCAGACUGCUUCAGGCUUCAGAGACAGCUUCAGACUGAACGAGAACAUGUUGAAAAAUAUGUUGUCUUUUAUUAUCAGGCAUUCCUCCACACAGUGGCAUUGCCAUAUGUACAUGUGAAAUCUGUUUGGACAAUUCGCGCAUAGUCUCUGGAAUGUUUUGAAUGAACUCACAAGAAACACACCAUCUUUUUUUUUU